UUUAGAGGUAAUUAGAGCCUUCAUUUCUUUCAUCUUUUUUCUCCAAUUAUCUCGUCAUAUAGCAAUGAAAACCAGAAGGCUUUUCCCGGCCUUGACCGAAACAAACGAAACCAUAGGCUGCCCUGAUUUCUGUGGCCCUGCCUGCCCGUACAACUGUUACCCUUACCCUGACUACUAUUACCUGCCGCCACCUCCGCCACCGCCUCCUCCCUUCUCGGUGGAAAACCAUCACAUCUUACCUUAUGUGAUCGUCUUUGUUUCAGUGGUGGCCGGUCUCAUCCUUCUUAUCGGCUACUACGUCGUUAUAGUGAAGUCAUGUUUUGGUUGGUGGCGCUGGAGGAAUAACAGGCAGUCACCAACUCAAACUGAUACUUGGGAACAAGAGUUGCUCGAUGAGAAUAGAGUGGAUCAUCCUAUUUGGUUCAUCACAACCGUUGGUUUGCAACAAUCGAUCAUAAAUUCGAUCACUGUUUGUAAGUACAAGAAGGGUGAGGGAUUGAUCGAUGGGACGGAAUGUUCAGUGUGUUUGAAUGAGUUCCAAGAAGAUGAGAGGGUGAGGUUGUUGCCUAAAUGCAACCAUGCGUUUCACAUUUCGUGUAUCGAUACUUGGCUGAGGGCUCACACUAACUGUCCUUUGUGCCGAGCACAAAUCGUCUUCGAUGCCUUGUGUGGUACUCCAGCGGAUCAAGAUUCUGCUAAUGUGAAUGUAAUUGUUGAUAAUCAGAUGGGAAGUUCUGAGAAUGUAGGGAUCAAUGAAGGCAGAGCUGAAAGUGAUUUAGCAGAGGCUAAUGACCAAAGGGUUUCCAAGGAUUGCAUUGGAAGAAGCCAUGUUGAGGCUAACGAGAUAACACAGAUCAAAAGGUGCGUUUCCAUGGAUUCUUCUUCAUCAGCUGCAAGUUUGUUUCUGGGAAUUCAAGAGGAUGUUGAAAACCUAGAUUCAGGCAUCAGUGCAACCAAAGAGGAGGUGAAGUGGAGCGAGUUUAGGGUAAUGGAAAAUUCCUCCAUUUCCCAGCACCUUCGUUUAAGCCCGGUUCCAAUGAAAAGAUCGUUCUCGUGUGGUGGGAGGUUUUUCUCGUCAUCCAAACUUUACCGGAGCAUGAACCCAAUUCUUCCGGUGUAAACCCUUCUACUGUUUUAGAUAUAGUUUUGGUUUAAAGUGUGCGGUAUUUGUAAAAACAGAUAAAUUGUAUGCAUGGAAGCUGAAGCCAUAUGAUGAUGGUGAAGAGAAAAUCGAAUAAAUUUGAUGUACAUGCGAGAACACAUUACGUUGUUAAACAUAAGCUGAUCUUCGGUUUUGUUAAGUUGAA